AGCGGGUGCGUCAGUCGCCGAGAGAGCGAGCCUGGCUGCGGACGGCGCUGCGGGGGGACGGGAGCGGCCGCGCGCGCACCGACCGCCCGCCCGGCGCAGCCUCCGCCACUAGGCCCGCAGCCGCGGACGGCCAGGCCUCGGGGGGAGCGGCGCACGAUGAGCGGCUGUCGGGUGUUCAUCGGGAGGCUCAAUCCAGCGGCCAGGGAGAAGGACGUAGAGCGUUUCUUCAAGGGCUACGGACGCAUCCGAGAUAUCGAUCUAAAAAGAGGUUUCGGGUUUGUGGAAUUCGAGGAUCCACGGGACGCGGACGACGCGGUUUACGAACUCGAUGGAAAAGAACUGUGUAGUGAAAGAGUGACGAUCGAGCACGCCAGAGCCCGCUCCAGAGGAGGGCGAGGCCGAGGGCGGUACUCUGACCGUUUUAGCAGCCGCCGGCCCCGCAAUGACAGGAGAAACGCUCCACCGGUAAGAACGGAAAAUCGUCUCAUAGUUGAGAAUUUAUCCUCAAGAGUCAGCUGGCAGGAUCUCAAAGAUUUCAUGAGACAAGCUGGGGAAGUAACCUUUGCUGAUGCACACAGACCGAAAUUAAAUGAAGGGGUAGUUGAGUUUGCCUCUUACAGUGAUUUAAAGAAUGCUAUUGAAAAGCUUUCUGGAAAAGAAAUAAAUGGGAGGAAAAUCAAACUAAUCGAAGGCAGCAAAAGGCACAGGUCGAGAAGCCGAUCCCGUUCCCGGACCCGGAGCUCCUCCAGGUCUCGUAGCCGUUCCCGGUCGAGUAGCCGCAAGUCGUACAGCAGGUCCCGGAGCCGGAGCCGGAGCCGGAGCAAGUCCCGAUCCGUUAGUAGGUCUCCCAUGCCUGAAAAGAGCCAGAAACGUGGCUCUUCAAGUAGAUCCAAGUCCCCGGCGUCUGUGGGCCGGCAGAGGUCUCGGUCGAGGUCCAGAUCCGUUGACAGUGGCAACUGAACUAGAAAGAACUAAGCCCUGGGGGCAGUUUUU